CGUCAUUGCCUGAAUCCCUCUUCAACCUUCUGCUUUCUGGAGGGGCACCUUCAACCAGCUCCGUGGUGUAUUGGCAGCGGCUUCCUUAGUUCGAAAGAAUAAGUGAAAUAACACUUAAACACAGACGCAAUGUCGUUUCUAACUGUCAGCAGGCUAGUACCCAAACUCCUCAAUUCAAAGAAUGCCGCUUACUUCUUGGUGGCUGCUAGAAAUGCCAGCGCGUCAUCAACAAGUUUGAAGGAUGUCCUGGCAGACCUCAUCCCUAAAGAACAGAGCAGGGUCAAGAACUUCAAACAACAGUAUGGAAAAACCAACAUAGGACAGAUUACUGUUGAUAUGGUCUAUGGAGGUAUGAGGGGGAUGAAGGGUCUGGUGUAUGAAACCUCUGUGUUGGAUCCUGAUGAGGGCAUCCGCUUCAGAGGCUACAGUAUUCCAGAAUGUCAGAAGUUGCUGCCUAAAGCUCCAGGAGGUGACGAGCCACUCCCUGAAGGCCUCUUCUGGCUUCUGGUCACAGGACAGGUCCCCACUGAGGAGCAGGUGAACUGGGUGUCCAAAGAGUGGGCAAAGAGAGCAGCUCUUCCCUCUCACGUUGUCACCAUGUUGGACAAUUUCCCCACAAACCUGCACCCCAUGUCUCAGUUCAGUGCUGCGAUCACAGCUCUGAACAGUGAGAGCAGCUUUGCACGGGCCUACUCUGAGGGAGUCCACAAGUCCAAGUACUGGGAGUUUGUCUAUGAAGACUCCAUGAACUUGAUUGCAAAGCUUCCUUGCAUUGCCGCCAAGAUCUACCGCAACCUGUACCGCGAAGGCAGCAGUAUCGGAGCCAUCGACUCCAACCUGGACUGGUCCCACAACUUCACCAACAUGCUGGGCUACAGCGACACCCAGUUCACUGAGCUAAUGAGGCUCUACCUCACCAUCCACAGUGAUCAUGAAGGAGGCAACGUCAGUGCCCACACCAGCCACCUAGUGGGGAGCGCCCUGUCUGACCCCUACCUGUCCUUCAGCGCUGCUAUGAACGGUCUGGCUGGUCCCCUGCACGGCCUGGCCAAUCAGGAGGUGCUGGUGUGGCUUACUGCCCUGCAGAAGGAGUUGGGAGGAGAAGUGUCUGAUGAGAGGAUGAGGGAUUAUAUCUGGAACACACUCAAGUCUGGAAGGGUUGUGCCAGGCUACGGCCAUGCUGUCCUGAGGAAGACUGACCCACGUUACACCUGCCAGCGUGAGUUUGCCCUUAAACACCUGCCCAACGACCCCAUGUUCAAGUUGGUCGCCCAGCUUUACAAGAUCGUACCCAACGUGCUCCUGGAGCAGGGUAAGGCCAAGAACCCCUGGCCCAACGUGGACGCUCACAGCGGAGUGCUUCUGCAGUACUACGGCAUGACCGAGAUGAAUUACUACACUGUGCUCUUCGGUGUGUCCCGUGCUCUCGGCGUGCUGGCUCAGCAGGUGUGGAGUAGAGCCCUGGGCUUCCCCUUGGAGCGCCCCAAGUCCAUGAGCACAGAUGGACUGAUGUCUUUGGUUGGAGUCAAGUCGGGCUGAAGCACCUGAAAGGCGCUGGGGGUUAGUGUUUAGGGAGGUAGGAGGUGGAAGUAUCAAAAGGCAGACAUAAGUUGACCCCCUGUCAUUUCCAACCCCAGGGAUUUAAUGGGAUUCAAAGAGACAGUACGCUUUUAAUGUCAUUUCACAAAAGAAGGGCCUUUUAAAUUGUCACACAAUUAGUGUUUAAGUGUGUUUAGUUAACCACUGACAUGUUUUCCCUUCCUGUCUCCAUAUUUGGAGCACAGAAGGUGCAAACUUCAGACACACAUACUUUAACCCAAAGUAGGCUGUAUCACUGAAAGUUGCUAGCAUCGCUAAGAUUUCCCCCCCAUCAGUGCCUGCGUUGAUCUGGACUAUGAAUAGGCAGUGGCAUUCAAAGGGAAUUGUGGGAGUGAACGACACUUCCUUUGUAUUCGUCUAGAGAUCUACAGUUAAAAAUAGCCUGGCUCAACCUUUGCUGCUUUUGGCUAAUGCAGUGAUUUGUUUUAGCAGACGUCCCCCAAUCAAAAGACCUUUUCGUCAAAUAAGACUCGGCUUAUUUUUUCUUCUAUGCAACGUUGUCGCCCCACCCAGUUGAUCCAUGCAUUUCACUCCCACUAAUGAACACUCCAGUUUAGGAAAACGAAAGGUCCUCACCAGUAAAACUACUAGCAAGCCUAUUACGAAAAAUAUUCAAAUAUAUGAGAAUCAGUUAAAAGAUACUGCCCCUUUAAAUCUUUUGUCUCCUCAUUGUUCCUCAACUUGCAGUUUUUUCCUUUUAAAAUGGCCUGUAUUACCUCUAUGAUCAAAAUAACUCAUGUUUUAUAGAAAUUCAGUUCUCCUGUCUUUAUUUUUUCCUCAGAAGGCUUUCCUAUUUUUAACGGGUCUCUCUGCUUGAAGAGUUUGGUAUGGUGAUGGUAGAGAAUCAAUAAUAAUGUACAGUAACACAGAUUUAAGCAGAGAGUGUUGUAAUUGGCAGCCUGUAGAGAAUCCUUAAGAGCAAGCUUGAAUAAAAAAGUGGGAUAAGGGGGCUUUGUACUCGUUGAAGUCCUGUCUUAUUUGAGUGUGUGUUUGUUAUUUUAUCCCCACAGGAGAGCGCUUUAAACAUCAACUACUCCAAAAUGAGCACUUGCUUGAUUGGAUUUCCUAAUUUGUAGCAGUAGACACCCUCCCAGGCUGAUUGUGACCGUUUUACGGAGUUUUUUUUUUUUGGUGUUGAAUGUGUAUGAUCUUUUGGUUCUCAUUAUGUGGUUUUAUUUAUACUUUGUGUACAUAGGUAUAUAUAUGUAUAGCUUGAAUGUAUGAGCUCUGUACGAUCACUUGCUUGUAAUAACCACGAUGAGUACCACAGUUUACCAACGGUGUAGUCGUGUCCAGUCUCGCUUAGUGUCACUGGUCACUGUGAAAUUCUGACAACGAACAAAGAGGAAAAAACUGCAGCUAUCUUGUAUAUACACAGUUCCAUGCCUCGGUCUGUGGGCUUCGCUGGUGCUGUUUUUCAGGUGUUUCACUUGAAAUUUUCAAGCUUGCUCUUAAGUGCUGGCUUUGUCAACACUCCAUUUUUGUGUAGUUUAAGUUCUUGCUUCUUUUUUUUUUUCUUCUCUCAAUCGAUACUCUUGCCGUGUUAGUCAGUAGUUUGCUUUCUGCUAUCGUCUUCCUUCUGGCUUUAGCGGGCGUGUUCUUUCAUGUGGCGGAUCGUUGGAACAGAUGUGGUUAUUUUGAUCGUAGAGGAACAUAAAGGUUGAUAGCUGGGAUGGAUUAAUAAGAGAAACGCUUUGGGAAUAUUGGUGGAUGGGUCAAAUGGGCAAGAAGAGCAACUGUUGGAAAACCUAAAAAAAAUGAAAUUAAAGGUUUUUAUUAACACUU